UAUACGAUUAGAGCAAGGCACUCUCCGCCCACCACGGACGAGUCGCCGAAAUGAGCCUUUCAUUGCCGAAACAUAGGGAACAUUUUUAGCAGUAUUAUGGACUAUGCAUGCCGCUUCUUGUAAUUUCCGGCUAGUUGUUGGCUCGACGUUAACGGGAUCCUGCUGAAUGCGAGGGAAGCAGCAUCCCACGGACCGCGGGUCUGCCGUGGGGGUGCUGCUGCUUCUGGUUCUUAUCGUCGCAGGUCUUUUAUCCCUAGCAGACUCCCAAGCAGUCUCCGCUUUCGGUGACUACAUCGAAGCAUUUGGUGAAAGCACUCGCUCGGACUCCACACAGCUAACGCGAGCGCAGUUCCCGUACUGCCGAUGUGGAAGGGGGGCAAGCAACAACCCCUACACGCUAGCUUUCUCGAGAUCUAGGCGCUUGAAGGACGGAACCAUCCGGACCUGCUUUCAAGUAGUCCCAAUUAGGACGUGCGAUGGCUUGGAGGACGGUAGCCGUGCUAGCGAGUGCUGCAAUGCAGUGCAAUCCGACCUCAACAAAAUAGAGCUGGAAGUCGACCCCCAGUGCGCGGGUUCGAUUGUUGGCGUUAGCAUUAAUGGGAAGUCCGGCAAGGCUUGGCAAUGGGUGGACGGUGCGGGCCCCUCGGUGGAGCUGAAGCUCAGCAACUUGCAGUGGAAUGCGACAGAAGCAGCGGGCGCAGAGGUGUGCUACACCUUGGGGGCGCCCUGCCCCACAUUGCAACAGAUGUGCUAUAACGAGGGCUCCUGCAACUUUGCGCUCUUCAACGGGGGCACUGACAGCUCGUUAUGCUGCCUGCUGGGCAGUUUCUCGCUCCCGGCGCUGCCACAGCCACCGCUGUCGCCGCCAACUCCACCGCUGCCGCCGCCCACACCUCCACCGGCGGUGCCACAGCGCCCACCGCCGUCACCUCAGCCCCCGCCGCUGCCACCGCCACCGGUGCCGCCCCAGCCGCCGUCACCCCUGCCUCCAUCGCCGCCGUCGCCGACGUCGCCGCGGCCACCACCACCAAAGAAACGGCUGCCACCACCUAAGCCGCCACGGCCGCCGCCGCCCUCACCCCCUCCGCAGCCUCCGGCGCUGCCGCCACCUCUACCACCCACACCACCGCCGGCGGUGCCACAGAACCCACCGCCGUCACCGCAGCCCCCGCCGCUGCCACCCCCGCCGGGGCCGCCUCUGCCGCCGUCACCGCAGCCUCCAUCGCCGUCGACGCCUCAGCCGCCGUCGCCGCGGCCGCCGCGGCCACCACCACCAAAGAAACGGCCGCCACCACCUAAGCCGCCACGGCCACCGCCGCCCUUACCCCCUCCACAGCCUCCGGCGCUGCCGCCGCCCUCUCCUCCACCACAGCCCCCGGCACUGCCGCCGCCGUCACCGCCACCACAACCCCCGGCGCCACCACCUCCAUUGCAGCCCCUACCGCCGGUUGCACCCUCCCCUCCUCCACCUUCACCGCCUCCCAUGCACCCACCGCCAUCACCUGCACCCAUGCCGCCCUCGCCUAGACCACCAGGGCCGCCAUCCCCACCGCCUCCAAAGAAAAAGCCUCCACCACGGCCACCUCCCAAGCCGCCACGGCCUCCAACUCCCUCGCCUCCCUUGCCACCCUCUCUGCCUCCUUCACCAACACCUCUGGCACCCCCAGGGGUACCGCCGCCCUCUCCCUCGCCACCGCCUUCUCCGCCCCCGCCUCCGUCGCCCCAGCCACCACCCUCUCCUAGCCCGCCGCCCUCUCCCUCGCCGCCGCCUUCUCCUCCCCCGCCUCCGUCGCCCCAGCCACCACCCUCUCCUAGCCCGCCUCCCUCUCCUUCCCCUCCGCCAUCCCCGCCCCCGCCUCCGUCGCCCCAGCCACCACCCUCUCCUAGCCCACCUCCCUCUCCCACGCCGCCGCCUUCUCCGCCCCCGCCUCCGUCGCCCCAGCCACCACCCUCUCCUAGCCCACCUCCCUCUCCUUCACCGCCGCCUUCUCCGCCCCCGCCUCCGUCGCCCCAGCCACCACCCUCUCCUAGCCCGCCUCCCUCUCCUUCACCGCCGCCUUCCCCGCCCCCGCCUCCGUCGCCCCAGCCACCACCCUCUCCUAGCCCGCCUCCCUCUCCCUCGCCGCCGCCUUCCCCGCCCCCGCCUCCGUCGCCCCAGCCACCACCAUCUCCUAGCCCGCCUCCCUCUCCCUCGCCACCGCCUUCCCCGCCCCCGCCUCCGUCGCCCCAGCCACCACCCUCUCCUAGCCCGCCUCCCUCUCCCUCGCCGCCGCCUUCUCCUCCCCCGCCUCCGUCGCCCCAGCCACCACCCUCUCCUAGCCCGCCUCCCUCUCCUUCACCGCCGCCUUCCCCGCCCCCGCCUCCGUCGCCCCAGCCACCACCCUCUCCUAGCCCGCCUCCCUCUCCUUCCCCGCCGCCUUCCCCGCCCCCGCCUCCGUCGCCCCAGCCACCACCAUCUCCUAGCCCGCCUCCCUCUCCUUCACCGCCGCCUUUCCCGCCCCCGCCUCCGUCGCCCCAGCCACCACCCUCUCCUAGCCCGCCUCCCUCUCCUUCACCGCCGCCUUCCCCGCCCCCGCCUCCGUCGCCCCAGCCACCACCAUCUCCUAGCCCGCCUCCCUCUCCUUCACCGCCGCCUUCCCCGCCCCCGCCUCCGUCGCCCCAGCCACCACCCUCUCCUAGCCCGCCUCCCUCUCCCUCGCCGCCGCCUUCCCCGCCCCCGCCUCCGUCGCCCCAGCCACCACCCUCUCCUAGCCCGCCUCCCUCUCCUUCCCCGCCGCCUUCUCCUCCCCCGCCUCCGUCGCCCAAGCCACCACCCUCUCCUAGCCCGCCUCCCUCUCCCUCACCGCCGCCUUCCCCGCCACCGCCUCCGUCACCCCAGCCACCACCCUCUCCUAGCCCGCCUCCCUCUCCUUCGCCACCGCCUUCCCCGCCACCGCCUCCGUCGCCCCAGCCACCACCCUCUCCUAGCCCGCCUCCCUCUCCUUUACCGCCGCCUUCCCCGCCCCCCCCUCCGUCGCCCCAGCCACCACCCUCUCCUAGCCCGCCUCCCUCUCCUUCCCCGCCGCCUUCCCCGCCCCCGCCUCCGUCGCCCCAGCCACCACCCUCUCCUAGCCCGCCUCCCUCUCCCUCGCCGCCGCCUUCCCCGCCCCCGCCUCCGUCGCCCCAGCCACCACCCUCUCCUAGCCCGCCUCCCUCUCCCGCGCCGCCGCCUUCCCCGCCCCCGCCUCCGUCGCCCCAGCCACCACCCUCUCCUAGCCCGCCUCCCUCUCCUUCACCGCCGCCUUCCCCGCCACCGCCUCCGUCGCCCCAGCCACCACCCUCUCCUAGCCCGCCUCCCUCUCCCUCACCGCCGCCUUCCCCGCCACCGCCUCCGUCACCCCAGCCACCACCCUCUCCUAGCCCGCCUCCCUCUCCUUCGCCACCGCCUUCCCCUCCACCGCCUCCGUCGCCCCAGCCACCACCCUCUCCUAGCCCGCCUCCCUCUCCCUCGCCGCCGCCUUCCCCGCCCCCGCCUCCGUCGCCCCAGCCACCACCCUCUCCUAGCCCGCCUCCCUCUCCUUCACCGCCGCCUUCCCCGCCCCCGCCUCCGUCGCCCCGGCCACCACCCUCUCCUAGCCCGCCUCCCUCUCCCUCACCGCCGCCUUCCCCGCCCCCGCCUCCGUCGCCCCAGCCACCACCCUCUCCUAGCCCGCCUCCCUCUCCUUCGCCACCGCCUUCCCCGCCACCGCCUCCGUCACCCCAGCCACCACCCUCUCCUAGCCCGCCUCCAUCUCCCUCACCGCCGCCUUCCCCGCCCCCGCCUCCGUCGCCCCAGCCACCACCCUCUCCUAGCCCGCCUCCCUCUCCUUCGCCACCGCCUUCCCCGCCACCGCCUCCGUCGCCCCAGCCACCACCCUCUCCCAGCCCGCCUCCCUCUCCUUCCCCGCCGCCUUCUCCGCCCCCGCCUCCGUCGCCCCAGCCACCACCCUCUCCUAGCCCGCCUCCCUCUCCUUCCCCGCCGCCUUCCCCGCCCCCGCCUCCGUCGCCCCAGCCACCACCCUCUCCUAGCCCGCCUCCCUCUCCCUCGCCGCCGCCUUCCCCGCCCCCGCCUCCGUCGCCCCAGCCACCACCCUCUCCUAGCCCGCCUCCCUCUCCCGCGCCGCCGCCUUCCCCGCCCCCGCCUCCGUCGCCCCAGUCACCACCCUCUCCUUCCCCGCCGCCAUCCCCGCCCCCCCCUCCGUCGCCCCAGCCACCACCCUCUCCUAGCCCGCCUCCCUCUCCUUCCCCGCCGCCUUCCCCGCCCCCGCCUCCGUCGCCCCAGCCACCACCCUCUCCUAGCCCGCCUCCCUCUCCCUCGCCGCCGCCUUCCCCGCCCCCGCCUCCGUCGCCCCAGCCACCACCCUCUCCUAGCCCGCCUCCCUCUCCCGCGCCGCCGCCUUCCCCGCCCCCGCCUCCGUCGCCCCAGCCACCACCCUCUCCUAGCCCGCCUCCCUCUCCUUCACCGCCGCCUUCCCCGCCACCGCCUCCGUCGCCCCAGCCACCACCCUCUCCUAGCCCGCCUCCCUCUCCCUCACCGCCGCCUUCCCCGCCACCGCCUCCGUCACCCCAGCCACCACCCUCUCCUAGCCCGCCUCCCUCUCCUUCGCCACCGCCUUCCCCUCCACCGCCUCCGUCGCCCCAGCCACCACCCUCUCCUAGCCCGCCUCCCUCUCCCUCGCCGCCGCCUUCCCCGCCCCCGCCUCCGUCGCCCCAGCCACCACCCUCUCCUAGCCCGCCUCCCUCUCCUUCACCGCCGCCUUCCCCGCCCCCGCCUCCGUCGCCCCGGCCACCACCCUCUCCUAGCCCGCCUCCCUCUCCCUCACCGCCGCCUUCCCCGCCCCCGCCUCCGUCGCCCCAGCCACCACCCUCUCCUAGCCCGCCUCCCUCUCCCUCGCCACCGCCAUCCCCGCCCCCGCCUCCGUCACCCAAGCCACCACCCUCUCCUAGCCCGCCUCCCUCUCCUUCACCGCCGCCUUCCCCGCCCCCGCCUCCGUCACCCCAGCCACCACCCUCUCCUAGCCCGCCUCCCUCUCCCUCGCCACCGCCUUCCCCGCCACCGCCUCCGUCACCCCAGCCACCACCCUCUCCUAGCCCGCCUCCCUCUCCUUCACCGCCUCCUUCCCCGCCCCCGCCUCCGUCGCCCCAGCCACCACCCUCUCCUAGCCCGCCUCCCUCUCCCUCGCCACCGCCAUCCCCGCCCCCGCCUCCGUCGCCCCAGCCACCACCCUCUCCUAGCCCGCCUCCCUCUCCUUCACCGCCGCCUUCCCCGCCCCCGCCUCCGUCACCCAAGCCACCACCCUCUCCUAGCCCGCCUCCCUCUCCCUCGCCACCGCCUUCCCCGCCACCGCCUCCGUCACCCCAGCCACCACCCUCUCCUAGCCCGCCUCCCUCUCCUUCACCGCCUCCUUCCCCGCCCCCGCCUCCGUCGCCCCAGCCACCACCCUCUCCUAGCCCGCCUCCCUCUCCCUCGCCACCGCCAUCCCCGCCCCCGCCUCCGUCACCCAAGCCACCACCCUCUCCUAGCCCGCCUCCCUCUCCCUCGCCACCGCCUUCCCCGCCCCCGCCUCCGUCGCCCCAGCCACCACCCUCUCCUAGCCCGCCUCCCUCUCCUUCGCCACCGCCUUCCCCGCCACCGCCUCCGUCGCCCCAGCCACCACCCUCUCCUAGCCCGCCUCCCUCUCCUUCGCCACCGCCUUCCCCGCCACCGCCUCCGUCGCCCCAGCCACCACCCUCUCCUAGCCCGCCUCCCUCUCCCUCGCCACCGCCAUCUCCGCCCCCGCCUCCGUCACCCAAGCCACCACCAUCUCCUAGCCCGCCUCCCUCUCCCUCGCCACCGCCAUCUCCGCCCCCGCCUCCGUCACCCAAGCCACCACCCUCUCCUAGCCCGCCUCCCUCUCCCUCGCCACCGCCUUCCCCGCCCCCGCCUCCGUCGCCCCAGCCACCACCCUCUCCUAGCCCGCCUCCCUCUCCUUCGCCACCGCCUUCCCCGCCACCGCCUCCGUCGCCCCAGCCACCACCCUCUCCUAGCCCGCCUCCCUCUCCUUCGCCACCGCCUUCCCCGCCACCGCCUCCGUCGCCCCAGCCACCACCCUCUCCUAGCCCGCCUCCCUCUCCUUCACCGCCGCCUUCCCCGCCACCGCCUCCGUCGCCCCAGCCACCACCCUCUCCUAGCCCGCCUCCCUCUCCCUCGCCGCCGCCUUCCCCGCCACCGCCUCCGUCGCCCCAGCCACCACCCUCUCCUAGCCCGCCUCCCUCUCCCUCACCGCCGCCUUCUCCGCCCCCGCCUCCGCCUUCAGAUCCAUUCCCUCCCUCUGUACCCCCUCCGCCAUCACCAUCGCGUCCUCAUGCACCCCCACCGCCGCCUCCUUCUCCAGACCCGCCUCCCUUCCCCCCAGAACCCCCAUCUCCGCAGCCCAUGCCUCCCUCACCCCCAUCGCCAUCCCCUCCGCCGGCGCCGCCACCCCUUCCACCGCCGGCACCUUCCACCCCACCUCAAUCAAUCAGCUCAGUCCAUGUCAACGUCACAGUCCUGCGCGCUGUCUCCCUGAGAAGGUUCGCAGCCGAGUCCACGUCAACAUCCCAGUCCAGCUUUGACCUCGCGCACUGCAACCUGUUGGCCAAGCUCGUCACCCAGCACCUGGCCUCCAUUCGUGCUAGCCCCGGCUGGUCAGAACAGUACCAAUGCGUGUUCUUUGACGUUGACCGGAUUGUGGCACAGGGCCUCUGGCCUCCAACCACGGAGCCGGACGCCAUCACCUGGGUCUACGAGGAGCUCCAGGAUACCGGGACUGUCACAUUGUUAACACAGACCCUGGGCUUGGGUUGCAGCGCGGGCGUCGAGAUUUCGGACUCCCUAGGUGGAUUCCAAGAACAGCAGGCUUGUUCUCCGGUGGCCCCUCCACGCCCACCGCGACAUCCCCCUGCCCCCACCCCUCCUCCGCCUCCACCGUUGCCGUCGCCUUCCCCCCCAAGCCCCUAUCCGCCAACUCCCAGCCCCUUGCUCCCGCCUUCACCCCUUCCCUCCACUCCACCACUCCUGCCGCCCGCAUAUCCUAGCCCUCCGCCUCCACAGUACCCACCGUCACCCUCCUACCCUUCACCGCCCACCAACCCAACACCGCUCCGUCCCUCCUACCCGCCUUCCUACCCUUCACCACCCUCUCCCGAGCCCACAUCACCGCCUCUGGAGCCCCAAUCCCCUCCGGACCUUAAGCCGCCCGACCUCCCACCACCCGUCCAGCCGGCCGCUCGACGCCCUAACCCACCUCCGCCCCAACAGUCUCAGCCUCCAAUGGUGAGGGACCUUGACCCGCCACCACCGGCGCCGUCAAGCCCGCUGUCACCUCCGUCACCCCCUCCCAGCUCGGAACCAGACAGCCCCUUGGCCCCAGCAGCCCAGUAUCCGCCAAAGCCCCAACCACCGUCACCCAGGCUCCCCAGUCCCAAGCCCCUGCCACCUUCUUCCAAGCCUGCUCCACCCUCCCCUCCAGUGCCCCCUGCGAGGAGCCCCAAGCCCCCAUCCCCUAAGCCACCGAAGUUGAGACCGCCACCAACGCCCACUCGUCCCAGUCCGGAACCUCGGCCGCCUUUCCAUCAGCCCUCAUGGCCCGCCCUAGUACCUCCUCAUAUGGCCCAUUACGACUUUUCACCUCCACCGCCGCCUCCGCCUCCGCCGCCCCCGCCCCCGCCACUCCCCGAUGCGCAGCAUCUCUACCCGUCGCCUCCGCCUCCACCACCUCCGCCGCCACCUCCGUUGCCUCCGCCGCCACCACCGCCUCCACCGCCACCACCGCCGCCGCCGCCUCCUGGAGGCAUCAAAUCUCCGCCACCGCCUUCACUUACUCCGGUGGACCCACUGGUAAGGAAACCCCCGUCACCUCGACCACCAAGCCCCCGGCUCAGCCCUAGACCCAAGCGCCCCUCUCCACCGCCACUCCGUCUCACACCCAAGCCUCCAUCUCCGUCGCCCCCACCUUUCCCCCCUCCUCGAACGCUUCGGCCACCGCCUUCCAUCACGCGCCCUCCCUCGCCAGUCUGGACCUCCGCGCCCCCUUCGCCUUCUCCGUCCCUUCACCAGCCCCCGACCUUACCUCCAACCAUGCACAACCCAGCAUCACCUCCCCCAUCACCAACAGAAGCAAGCAACCCUCCUACGCUUCAACCGCCUUCACCGCCCCAGAUCCCCUACUCGGUGCUGCCGCCAGGUGCAUUCCCAGCGCCCCAGCCAGCAGGCCACCCAACGGACAGCCCUCCGUUUCCGCCUGCACCCACGUACCAGCCCUCAAGCCCAGCCUAUCCCCCGCAAGCCAGUCCUGCCUAUCCGCCUCCACCCAGUCCCGCAUAUCCUCCUCCUGCAAACAACCCUACCCGCCCCUCCUACCCGCCAGCCCCUGGCUCCAUGCCCUCUCCUUCAGGCCCGGUCAGCAACAGCCCUGCCUAUCCGCCUCCACCCAGCCCAUCGUACCCUCCCGCCGGCCAUCCCGACGCGUCCUCUCCCUACCCGCCAUCCCCUGGCUCCAUGCCCUCUCCUUCAGGCCCGGUCAGCAACAGCCCUGCCUAUCCGCCUCCCACCAGCCCAUCGUACCCUCCCGCCGGCCAUCCCGACGCGUCCUCUCCCUACCCGCCAUCCCCUGGCUCCAUGCCCUCUCCUUCAGGCCCGGUCAGCAACAGCCCUGCCAGCCCUGCCUAUCCGCCUCCACCCAGCCCAUCGUCCCCUCCCGCCGGCCAUCCCAACGCGUCUUCUCCCUACCCGCCAGCCCCUAGCUCCAUGCCCUCUCCUUCAGGCCCGGUCAGCAACAGCCCUGCCUAUCCGCCUCCACCCAGCCCAUCGUCCCCUCCCGCCGGCCAUCCCAACGCGUCCCCUCCCUACCACCCAGCCCCUAGCUCCAUGCCCUCUCCUUCAGGCCCGGUCAGCAACAGCCCUGCCUAUCCGCCUCCUCCACGCCCAUCGUCCCCUCCCGCCGGCCAUCCCGACGCGUCCCCUCCCUACCCGCCAGCCCCUGGCUCCAUGCCCUUUCCUUCAGGCCCGGUCAGCAACAGCCCUGCCUAUCCGCCUCCUCCCAGCCCAUCGUCCCCUCCCGCCGGCCAUCCCGACGCGUCCCCUCCCUACCCGCCAGCCCCUGGCUCCAUGCCCUCUCCUUCAGGCCCGGUCAGCAACAGCCCUGCCUAUCCGCCUCCUCCCAGCCCAUCGUCCCCUCCCGCCGGCCAUCCCGACGCGUCCUCUCCCUACCCGCCAGCCCCUGGCUCCAUGCCCUCUCCUUCAGGCCCGGUCAGCAACAGCCCUGCCUAUCCGCCUCCACCCAGCCCAUCGUCCCCUCCCGCCGGCCAUCCCAACGCGUCCCCUCCCUACCCGCUAGCCCCUAGCUCCAUGCCCUCUCCUUCAGGCCCGGUCAGCAACAGCCCUGCCUAUCCACCUCCACCCAGCCCAUCGUCCCCUCCCGCCGGCCAUCCCAACGCGUCCCCUCCCUACCCGCCAGCCCCUAGCUCCAUGCCCUCUCCUUCAGGCCCGGUCAGCAACAGCCCUGCCUAUCCACCUCCACCCAGCCCAUCGUCCCCUCCCGCCGGCCAUCCCGACGCGUCCUCUCCCUACCCGCCAUCCCCUGGCUCCAUGCCCUCUCCUUCAGGCCCGGUCAGAAACAGCCCUGCCUAUCCGCCUCCUCCCAGCCCAUCGUCCCCUCCUGCCGGCCAUCCCGACGCGUCCUCUCCCUACCCGCCAUCCCCUGGCUCCAUGCCCUCUCCUUCAGGCCCGGUCAGCAACAGCCCUGCCUAUCCGCCUCCAUCCAGCCCAUCGUCCCCUCCCGCCGGCCAUCCCAACGCGUCCCCUCCCUACCCGCCAGCCCCUGGCUCCAUGCCCUCUCCUUCAGGCCCCGUCAGCAACAGCCCUGCCUAUCCGCCUCCCACCAGCCCAUCGUCCCCUCCCGCGGGCCAUCCCGACGCGUCCUCUCCCUACCCGCCAGCCCCUAGCUCCAUGCCCUCUCCUUCAGAACCGGUCAGCAACAGCCCUGCCUAUCCGCCUCCCACCAGCCCAUCGUCCCCUCCCGCCGGCCAUCCCGACGCGUCCUCUCCCUACCCGCCAUCCCCUGGCUCCAUGCCCUCUCCUUCAGGCCCGGUCAGCAACAGCCCUGCCUAUCCGCCUCCCACCAGCCCAUCGUCCCCUCCCGCCGGCCAUCCCGACGCGUCCCCUCCCUACCCGCCAGCCCCUGGCUCCAUGCCCUCUCCUUCAGGCCCGGUCAGCAACAGCCCUGCCUAUCCGCCUCCUCCCAGCCCAUCGUCCCCUCCCGCCGGCCAUCCCGACGCGUCCUCUCCCUACCCGCCAGCCCCUGGCUCCAUGCCCUCUCCUUCAGGCCCGGUCAGCAACAGCCCUGCCUAUCCGCCUCCUCCCAGCCCAUCGUCCCCUCCCGCCGGCCAUCCCGACGCGUCCUCUCCCUACCCGCCAGCCCCUGGCUUCAUGCCCUCUCCUUCAGGCCCGGUCAGCAACAGCCCUGCCUAUCCGCCUCCUCCCAGCCCAUCGUCCCCUCCCGCCGGCCAUCCCGACGCGUCCUCUCCCUACCCGCCAGCCCCUGGCUCCAUGCCCUCUCCUUCAGGCCCGGUCAGAAACAGCCCUGCCUAUCCGCCUCCUCCCAGCCCAUCGUCCCCUCCCGCCGGCCAUCCCGACGCGUCCCCUCCCUACCCUCCAGCCCCUUCGUCCAUGCCCUCUCCUUCAGGCCCGGUCAGCAACAGCCCUGCCUAUCCGCCUCCUCCCAGCCCAUCGUCCCCUCCCGCCGGCCAUCCCGACGCGUCCUCUCCCUACCCGCCAUCCCCUGGCUCCAUGCCCUCUCCUUCAGGCCCGGUCAGCAACAGCCCUGCCUAUCCGCCUCCUCCCAGCCCAUCGUCCCCUCCCGCCGGCCAUCCCGGCGCGUCCUCUCCCUACCCGCCAGCCCCUUCGUCCAUGCCCUCUCCUUCAGGCCCGGUCAGCAACAGCCCUGCCUAUCCGCCUCCUCCCAGCCCAUCGUCCCCUCCCGCCGGCCAUCCCGACGCGUCCUCUCCCUACCCGCCAUCCCCUGGCUCCAUGCCCUCUCCUUCAGGCCCGGUCAGCAACAGCCCUGCCUAUCCGCCUCCUCCCAGCCCAUCGUCCCCUCCCGCCGGCCAUCCCGGCGCGUCCUCUCCCUACCCGCCAGCCCCUGGCUCCAUGCCCUCUCCUUCAGGCCCGGUCAGCAACAGCCCUGCCUAUCCGCCUCCUCCCAGCCCAUCGUCCCCUCCCGCCGGUCAUCCCAACGCGUCCUCUCCCUCCCCGCCAGCCCCUAGCUCCAUGCCCUCUCCUUCAGGCCCGGUCAGCAACAGCCCUGCCUAUCCGCCUCCUCCCAGCCCAUCGUCCCCUCCCGCCGGCCAUCCCGACGCGUCCUCUCCCUACCCGCCAGCCCCUGGCUUCAUGCCCUCUCCUUCAGGCCCGGUCAGCAACAGCCCUGCCUAUCCGCCUCCUCCCAGCCCAUCGUCCCCUCCCGCCGGCCAUCCCGACGCGUCCUCUCCCUACCCGCCAGCCCCUGGCUCCAUGCCCUCUCCUUCAGGCCCGGUCAGAAACAGCCCUGCCUAUCCGCCUCCUCCCAGCCCAUCGUCCCCUCCCGCCGGCCAUCCCGACGCGUCCCCUCCCUACCCUCCAGCCCCUUCGUCCAUGCCCUCUCCUUCAGGCCCGGUCAGCAACAGCCCUGCCUAUCCGCCUCCUCCCAGCCCAUCGUCCCCUCCCGCCGGCCAUCCCGACGCGUCCUCUCCCUACCCGCCAUCCCCUGGCUCCAUGCCCUCUCCUUCAGGCCCGGUCAGCAACAGCCCUGCCUAUCCGCCUCCUCCCAGCCCAUCGUCCCCUCCCGCCGGCCAUCCCGGCGCGUCCUCUCCCUACCCGCCAGCCCCUGGCUCCAUGCCCUCUCCUUCAGGCCCGGUCAGCAACAGCCCUGCCUAUCCGCCUCCUCCCAGCCCAUCGUCCCCUCCCGCCGGUCAUCCCAACGCGUCCUCUCCCUCCCCGCCAGCCCCUAGCUCCAUGCCCUCUCCUUCAGGCCCGGUCAGCAACAGCCCUGCCUAUCCGCCUCCUCCCAGCCCAUCGUCCCCUCCCGCCGGCCAUCCCGACGCGUCCUCUCCCUACCCGCCAGCCCCUGGCUUCAUGCCCUCUCCUUCAGGCCCGGUCAGCAACAGCCCUGCCUAUCCGCCUCCUCCCAGCCCAUCGUCCCCUCCCGCCGGCCAUCCCGACGCGUCCUCUCCCUACCCGCCAGCCCCUGGCUCCAUGCCCUCUCCUUCAGGCCCGGUCAGAAACAGCCCUGCCUAUCCGCCUCCUCCCAGCCCAUCGUCCCCUCCCGCCGGCCAUCCCGACGCGUCCUCUCCCUACCCUCCAGCCCCUUCGUCCAUGCCCUCUCCUUCAGGCCCGGUCAGCAACAGCCCUGCCUAUCCGCCUCCUCCCAGCCCAUCGUCCCCUCCCGCCGGCCAUCCCGACGCGUCCUCUCCCUACCCGCCAGCCCCUGGCUUCAUGCCCUCUCCUUCAGGCCCGGUCAGCAACAGCCCUGCCUAUCCGCCUCCUCCCAGCCCAUCGUCCCCUCCCGCCGGCCAUCCCGACGCGUCCUCUCCCUACCCGCCAGCCCCUGGCUCCAUGCCCUCUCCUUCAGGCCCGGUCAGCAACAGCCCUGCCUAUCCGCCUCCUCCCAGCCCUUCGUCCCCUCCCGCCGGCCAUCCCGACGCGUCCUCUCCCUACCCGCCAGCCCCUGGCUCCAUGCCCUCUCCUUCAGGCCCGGUCAGCAAUAGCCCCGUCCACCCGCCGCCUUUAGACGGAAACAUGACUACAAGCCCUCCUGUUGCGCCGACGCCCAACCCUACAAACGGUGGAACAUUUUCAUCCCCACCACUCUUGACACCGCCCAGCCCCCAACGUUCACCUACGCCACCGGCCAGCCCCCCUAGCAUCCCAGCACCAUCCCAACCACCGCUCAGCCCAAGUAGAAGGAAUCCACCACCGAGUCCUUCACCCCCACCGAAGCUUAAGAACCCCAGGCCCCCGCCGCCCCGACCUCCAAGUCCCGUUCCACCACCACCUCCGAAACGGCGAAGCCCUAGGCCCCCUCCCCCUACUCCGCUCCAACCACCGUGGCCCAGUCCGAAGCCCCUGCCACCUUCUCCCAAGGCUUUUCCUCCCUCCCCUUCGGUGCCCCCGAGUCCCCCGAUGCCAUUUCUGCCUCCAGUGCCCAACCUGCCGGCACCCCCGCCCACCAGCACGAUUCCAGACCCACCCAACGCCGUGCCUCCUCGCAUGCCCAGCCCGCCAAUCUACAGCCCUAUACCCCCGCCCUACGGCUCCAAUACGCACAGCCCCAGCUAUCCUCCACCACCCAACCCGGCUUAUCCCCCACCUCCACCCCACAGACCUACGCCCUCUCCUGCCGGUCACCCUGCAAGCAGCCCUCCCUACCCGCCAGCCACCAGCCCCAUGCCCCCACCUUCAGGCCCUGUCAGCCCCAGCCCCGCCUACCCACCGCCACCCAGCCCGGCGCCCUCUCCUGCCGGCCAGCCUUCCAACAGCACUACCUACCCGCCAGCCACCAGCCCCAUGCCCCCACCAUCAGGCCCAGUCAGCCCCAGCCCUGCCUACCCACCGCCACCCAGCCCGGCGCCCUCUCCUGCCGGCCACCCUGCAAGCAGCCCUCCCUACCCGCCAGCCACCAGCCCCAUGCCCCCACCUUCAGGCCUUGUUAGCCCGAGCCCUGCCUACCCACCUCCACCCAGCCCGGCGCCCUCUCCUGCCGGCAACCCUGCAAGCAGCCCUCCCUACCCGCCAGCCACCAGCCCCAUGCCCCCACCUUCAGGCCUUGUUAGCCCGAGCCCUGCCUACCCACCUCCACCCAGCCCGGCGCCCUCUCCUGCCGGCCACCCUGCAAGCAGCCCUCCCUACCCGCCAGCCACCAGCCCCAUGCCCCCACCUUCAGGCCUUGUUAGCCCGAGCCCUGCCUACCCACCUCCACCCAGCCCGGCGCCCUCUCCUGCCGGCCACCCUGCAAGCAGCCCUCCCUACCCGCCAGCCACCAGCCCCAUGCCCCCACCUUCAGGCCCAGUCAGCCCCAGCUCCGCCUACCCACCGCCACCCAGCCCGGCGCCCUCUCCUGCCGGCAAGCCAACCAACAGCCCUCCCUACCCGCCAGCCACCAGCCCCAUGCCCCCACCUUCAGGCCCAGUCAGCCCCAGCCCCGCCUACCCACCGCCACCCAGCCCUGCGCCCUCUCCUGCCGGCCAGCCUUCCAACAGCCCUCCCUACCCGCCAGCCACCAGCCCCAUGCCCCCACCUUCAGGCCCAGUCAGCCCCAGCCCCGCCUACCCACCUCCACCCAGCCCGGCGCCCUCUCCUGCGGGCCAGCCAACCAACAGCCCUCCUUACCCGCCAGCCACCAGCCCCAUGCCCCCACCUUCAGGCCCAGUCAGCCCCAGCUCCGCCUACACACCGCCACCCAGCCCGGCGCCCUCUCCUGCCGGCCACCCUGCAAGCAGCCCUCCCAACCCGCCAGCCACCAGCCCCAUGCCCCCACCUUCAGGCCCAGUCAGCCCCAGCCCCGCCUACCCACCGCCACCCAGCCCGGCGCCCUCUCCUGCCGGCCACCCUGCAAGCAGCCCUCCCAACCCGCCAGCCACCAGCCCCAUGCCCCCACCUUCAGGCCCAGUCAGCCCCAGCCCUGCCUACCCACCGCCACCCAGCCCGGCGCCCUCUCCUGCCGGCCAGCCUUUGAACAGCCCUCCCUACCCGCCAGCCACCAGCCCCAUGCCCCCACCAUCAGGCCCAGUCAGCCCCAGCCCCGCCUACCCACCGCCACCUAGCCCUGCGCCCGUUCCUGCGGGCCAGCCUUCCAACAGCCCUCCCUACCCGUCAGCCACCAGCCCCAUGCCCCCACCUUCAGGCCCUGUCAGCCCCAGCCCCGCCCACCCACCGCCACCUAGCCCUGCGCCCUCUCCUGCCGGCCACCCUGCAAGCAGCCCUCCCUACCCGCCAGCCACCAGCCCCAUGCCCUCACCUUCAGGCCCAGUCAGCCCCAGCCCCGCCUACCCACCGCCACCUAGCCCUGCGCCCUCUCCUGCGGGCCAGCCUUCCAACAGCACUACCUACCCGCCAGCCACCAGCCCCAUGCCCCCACCUUCAGGCCCAGUCAGCCCCAGCCCCGCCUACCCACCGCCACCUAGCCCUGCGCCCCCUCCUGCGGGCCAGCCUUCCAACAGCCCUCCCUACCCGCCAGCCACCAGCCCCAUGCCCCCACCUUCAGGCCCAGUCAGCCCCAGCCCCGCCUACCCACCGCCACCCAGCCCUGCGCCCUCUCCUGCCGGCCAGCCUUCCAACAGCCCUCCCUACCCGCCAGCCACCAGCCCCAUGCCCCCACCUUCAGGCCCAGUCAGCCCCAGCCCCGCCUACCCAACGCCACCUAGCCCUGCGCCCUCUCCUGCGGGCCAGCCUUCCAACAGCACUACCUACCCGCCAGCCACCAGCCCCAUGCCCCCACCUUCAGGCCCAGUCAGCCCCAGCCCCGCCUACCCACCGCCACCCAGCCCUGCGCCCUCUCCUGCCGGCCAGCCUUCCAACAGCACUACCUACCCGCCAGCCACCAGCCCCAUGCCCCCACCAUCAGGCCCAGUCAGCCCCAGCCCUGCCUACCCACCGCCACCCAGCCCGGCGCCCUCUCCUGCCGGCCAGCCUUUGAACAGCCCUCCCUACCCGCCAGCCACCAGCCCCAUGCCCCCACCAUCAGGCCCAGUCAGCCCCAGCCCCGCCUACCCACCGCCACCUAGCCCUGCGCCCAUUCCUGCGGGCCAGCCUUCCAACAGCCCUCCCUACCCGCCAGCCACCAGCCCCAUGCCCCCACCUUCAGGCCCUGUCAGCCCCAGCCCCGCCCACCCACCGCCACCUAGCCCUGCGCCCUCUCCUGCCGGCCACCCUGCAAGCAGCCCUCCCUACCCGCCAGCCACCAGCCCCAUGCCCUCACCUUCAGGCCCAGUCAGCCCCAGCCCCGCCUACCCACCGCCACCUAGCCCUGCGCCCUCUCCUGCGGGCCAGCCUUCCAACAGCACUACCUACCCGCCAGCCACCAGCCCCAUGCCCCCACCUUCAGGCCCAGUCAGCCCCAGCCCCGCCUACCCACCGCCACCCAGCCCUGCGCCCUCUCCUGCCGGCCAGCCUUCCAACAGCCCUCCCUACCCGCCAGCCACCAGCCCCAUGCCCCCACCUUCAGGCCCAGUCAGCCCCAGCCCCGCCUACCCACCGCCACCUAGCCCUGCGCCCUCUCCUGCGGGCCAGCCUUCCAACAGCACUACCUACCCGCCAGCCACCAGCCCCAUGCCCCCACCUUCAGGCCCAGUCAGCCCCAGCCCCGCCUACCCACCGCCACCCAGCCCUGCGCCCUCUCCUGCCGGCCAGCCUUCCAACAGCCCUCCCAACCCGCCAGCCACCAGCCCCAUGCCCCCACCUUCAGGCCCAGUCAGCCCCAGCCCCGCCUACCCACCGCCACCUAGCCCUGCGCCCUCUCCUGCGGGCCAGCCUUCCAACAGCCCUCCCUACCCGUCAGCCACCAGCCCCAUGCCCCCACCUUCAGGCCCAGUCAGCCCCAGCCCCGCCUACCCACCGCCACCCAGCCCUGCGCCCUCUCCUGCCGGCCAGCCUUCCAACAGCCCUCCCUACCCGCCAGCCACCAGCCCCAUGCCCCCACCUUCAGGCCCAGUCAGCCCCAGCCCCGCCUACCCACCGCCACCUAGCCCUGCGCCCUCUCCUGCGGGCCAGCCUUCCAACAGCCCUCCCUACCCGCCAGCCACCAGCCCCAUGCCCCCACCUUCAGGCCCAGUCAGCCCCAGCCCCGCCUACCCAACGCCACCUAGCCCUGCGCCCUCUCCUGCGGGCCAGCCUUCCAACAGCACUACCUACCCGCCAGCCACCAGCCCCAUGCCCCCACCUUCAGGCCCUAUCAGCCCCAGCCCCGCCUACCCACCUCCACCCAGCCCGGCGCCCUCUCCUGCCAGCCCUCCCUACCCGCCAGCCACCAGCCGCAUGCCCCCACCUUCAGGCCCUGUCAGCCUCAGCCCCGCCUACCCACCGCCACCCAGCCCUGCGCCCUCUCCUGCGGGCCAGCCAACCAACAGCCCUCCCUACCCGCCAGCCACCAACCCCAUGCCCCCACCUUCAGGCCCAGUCAGCCCCAGCCCCGCCUACCCACCGCCACCCAGCCCUGCGCCCUCUCCUGCCGGCCAGCCUUCCAACAGCCCUCCCUACCCGCCAGCCACCAGCCCCAUGCCCCCACCUUCAGGCCCAGUCAGCCCCAGCCCCGCCUACCCACCGCCACCUAGCCCUGCGCCCUCUCCUGCGGGCCAGCCUUCCAACAGCACUACCUACCCGCCAGCCACCAGCCCCAUGCCCCCACCUUCAGGCCCAGUCAGCCCCAGCCCCGCCUACCCACCGCCACCCAGCCCUGCGCCCUCUCCUGCCGGCCAGCCUUCCAACAGCCCUCCCAACCCGCCAGCCACCAGCCCCAUGCCCCCACCUUCAGGCCCUGUCAGCCCCAGCCCCGCCUACCCACCGCCACCUAGCCCUGCGCCCUCUCCUGCGGGCCAGCCUUCCAACAGCCCUCCCUACCCGUCAGCCACCAGCCCCAUGCCCCCACCUUCAGGCCCAGUCAGCCCCAGCCCCGCCUACCCACCGCCACCCAGCCCUGCGCCCUCUCCUGCCGGCCAGCCUUCCAACAGCCCUCCCUACCCGCCAGCCACCAGCCCCAUGCCCCCACCUUCAGGCCCAGUCAGCCCCAGCCCCGCCUACCCACCGCCACCUAGCCCUGCGCCCUCUCCUGCGGGCCAGCCUUCCAACAGCCCUCCCUACCCGCCAGCCACCAGCCCCAUGCCCCCACCUUCAGGCCCAGUCAGCCCCAGCCCCGCCUACCCAACGCCACCUAGCCCUGCGCCCUCUCCUGCGGGCCAGCCUUCCAACAGCACUACCUACCCGCCAGCCACCAGCCCCAUGCCCCCACCUUCAGGCCCUAUCAGCCCCAGCCCCGCCUACCCACCUCCACCUAGCCCGGCGCCCUCUCCUGUCGGACACCCUGCAAGCAGCCCUCCCUACCCGCCAGCAACCAGCCCCAUGCCCCCACCUUCAGGCCCUGUCAGCCCCAGCCCCGCCUACCCACCGCCACCCAGCCCUGCGCCCUCUCCUGCCGGCCAGCCUUCCAACAGCACUCCCUACCCGCCAGCCACCAGCCCCAUGCCCCCACCUUCAGGCCCUAUCAGCCCGAGCCCCGCCUACCCACCUCCACCUAGCCCUGCGCCCUCUCCUGCGGGGCAGCCUUCGAACAGCACUACCUACCCGCCAGCCACCAGCCCCAUGCCCCCACCUUCAGGCCCUGUCAGCCCCAGCCCCGCCUACCCACCUCCACCCAGCCCUGCGCCCUCUCCUGCCGGCCAGCCUUCCAACAGCCCUCCCUACCCGCCAGCCACCAGACCCAUGCCCCCACCUUCAGGCCCUGUCAGCCCCAGCCCCGCCUACCCACUUCCACCCAGCCCUGCGCCCUCUCCUGCGGGCCAGCCUUCCAACAGCACUACCUACCCGCCAGCCACCAGACCCAUGCCCCCACCUUCAGGCCCUGUCAGUCCCAGCCCCGCCUACCCACCGCCACCCAGCCCUGCGCCCUCUCCUGCCGGCCAGCCUUCCAACAGCCCUCCCAACCCGUCAGCCACCAGCCCCAUGCCCCCACCUUCAGGCCCAGUCAGCCCCAGCCCCGCCUACCCACCGCCACCCAGCCCGGCGCCCUCUCCUGCCGGCCAGCCUUCCAACAGCCCUCCCUACCCGCCAGCCACCAGCCCCAUGCCCCCACCUUCAGGCCCAGUCAGCCCCAGCCCCGCCUACCCACCGCCACCCAGCCCUGCGCCCUCACCUGCGGGGCAGCCUUCGAACAGCCCUCCCUACCCGCCAGCCACCAGCCCCAUGCCUCCACCUUCAGGCCCAGUCAGCCCCAGCCCCGCCUACCCACCUCCACCCAGCCCGGCGCCCUCUCCUGCGGGCCAGCCUUCCAACAGCCCUCCCUUCCCGCCAGCCACCAGCCCCAUGCCCCCAACUUCAGGCCCAGUCAGCCCCAGCUCCGCCUACCCACCUCCACCCAGCCCUGCGCCCUCUCCUGCCGGCCAGCCAACCAUCAGCCCUCCCUACCCGCCAGCCACCAGCCCCAUGCCCCCAUCUUCAGGCCCUGUCAGCCCCAGCCCCGCCUACCCACCUCCACCCAGCCCUGCGCCCUCUCCUGCCGGCCAGCCUUCCAACAGCCCUCCCUUCCCGCCAGCCACCAGCCCCAUGCCCCCACCUUCAGGCCCAGUCAGCCCCAGCUCCGCCUACCCACCUCCACCCAGCCCUGCGCCCUCUCCUGCCGGCCAGCCAACCAACAGCCCUCCCUACCCGCCAGCCACCAGCCCCAUGCCCCCACCUUCAGGCCCUAUCAGCCCCAGCUCCGCCUACCCACCUCCACCCAGCCCUGCGCCCUCUCCUGCCGGCCAGCCAACCAACAGCCCUCCCUACCCGCCAGCCACCAGCCCCAUGACCCCACCUUCAGGCCCUGUCAGCCCCAGCCCCGCCUACCCACCGCCACCCAGCCCUGCGCCCUCUCCUGCCGGCCAGCCUUCCAACAGCCCUCCCUACCCGCCAGCCACCAGCCCCAUGCCCCCACCUUCAGGCCCAGUCAGCCCCAGCCCCGCCUACCCACCUCCACCCAGCCCUGCGCCCUCACCUGCGGGGCAGCCUUCGAACAGCCCUCCCUACCCGCCAGCCACCAGCCCCAUGCCCCCACCUUCAGGCCCAGUCAGCCCCAGCUCCGCCUACCCACCUCCACCCAGCCCUGCGCCCUCUCCUGCCGGCCAGCCAACCAACAGCCCUCCCUACCCGCCAGCCACCAGCCCCAUGCCCCCACCUUCAGGCCCUAUCAGCCCCAGCUCCGCCUACCCACCUCCACCCAGCCCUGCGCCCUCUCCUGCCGGCCAGCCAACCAACAGCCCUCCCUACCCGCCAGCCACCAGCCCCAUGCCCCCACCUUCAGGCCCUGUCAGCCCCAGCCCCGCCUACCCACCUCCACCCAGCCCUGCGCCCUCACCUGCGGGGCAGCCUUCGAACAGCCCUCCCUACCCGCCAGCCACCAGCCCCAUGCCCCCACCUUCAGGCCCAGUCAGCCCCAGCCCCGCCUACCCACCGCCACCCAGCCCUGCGCCCUCUCCUGCCGGCCAGCCUUCCAACAGCCCUCCCUACCCGCCAGCCACUAGCCCACCUUCAGGCCCUGUCAGCCCCAGUUUACCCACGCCCGCGUCCUACCCUCCGCCGCCCAGAUCCAGCCCCAGCCCUAUCAGCACCUCUCCACCACCCUCCACCUUACAACCCACCCUCGCACCUCCUAGCCCAGCAGUGCCGCAACCUCCAUCCCAAGCGCCGCCCACCUUUCUUCCGCAAGCACCUUCAACCAUCCCACCUGCAGACGCACCCUUGCCGCCUUCAGAGCACCUACCCAGCCCUCCGGCAUCGCCUCCAUCCCACCCAACGUCAUUGCCUUCAUUCCCCGCUUUCUACCCUGAGUGGUAUACGGCGCCUCCACGACCUUCCAGCGCCAUCGAUCCAAACUGGCCAGGGGAAGCCGUCAUCCCGGUACCACUUCCAGACGAAAUUGCACCCAUCGGCUCUGUUGGGUACGACAUUUCUGUGUACGACUUUUACGAAGAUGCGUCGUACUUCACUGUGACGUACUUGCUUGUUGUCGGUGACUCAGCAUCCACGAUGCUGGGCUGGAGUUUGGUUGUGAACCCCGCGACGAUGGGUACGGAUCUAGACGUCAAUGCGGUGGAGACUGCCGUACGAACCGAUAGCGAUGGCAGCGUGUCAAUUGUCUCGGUCAUUCCCUACACUCUGUCGCCAAUGCCAACCCUCACCAUCGUCAACGACGUGGCUCCGGGCACUGUCGCCCUGUUCGCCAUUGCCUUCCCCAAGAUCCCUGCCGGCGGCCAUGGGCGACACCACCUGCGGCAUUUGAUGGCUGACAGUACGACAACGAACCGUAGUGUUAGCGGCGGUGUUGCACUUUGGAGCAACACGACACUUGUCGUAACGGUGGUACCGUCCCAAGUAACAGGUCCUGGCAGCGCAGACCUUGCAACCGGGGCGUCACUUUGCAGUACAAGUGCUGGCAUAGCCUCGCUGGCGUCGCGGCCGUCCGUACCCCUGCUGGGCUCAACCGGUUGCUUGAGGACCGCAAUCAAGAUCUCCUUCUCGUUGGCGACAGGACGUACGGCAGUUUCCGUACGUGUGUACGGUAACGCAGGCCUGGAUGCGAGCACAGCGGCAGAGUGCGCACAGUGGUUGACUGACUUUGAUCAGCCGGUCUUCCUGCGGCUGCUUCUGAGCAGCAAGACAGCCGCAGUGAUGUCAGCCUCCGUUCCACCCAGCCCUUCAGCCCCUCCCAGCUUCUCCUUCGUGCGAAAUGCGGCCCUUACCAUCUCACGCUCCUCUGCACGCGCCAUCUCCUCCCCCGGCGUCUACUUGAACUUCAGCCUGCCGGACGCCCUAGCCGUGGCUGACAUCUGCGCACCAAGCGCGCUAUCCGGCCAGCUGCCUGAGUCCUGCGUGGUGCAGCUGGUGUCCCGCAGCGCAUGCGCGCAGGGGCUUGCGGCUGAGGCCAGCGUACCGCCUGCAUCGCCACCGCCCAUGCUGCCUUCUCCCUCCCAACCAGCGCCGCCGGUGCCCGUACCUCUUCCUCCUCCAACGCCAGAACCAUCACCUCAAUCGUCGCCGCCACCGCCGUCACGCCCUCCAACCUCACCUGGAACCCCUCCACCGCCCCCGCCACCGCCGCCACUUCCGCCCUUCCCAGCCGUGCCGCCAGCAUUACCACCGCCGUCAACGCCACUGCAUCCGCCACCACCUCCGGUAAUGCCCAUGUCUCUAUUACCGCCGCCGCCGCCACCUCCGCCGCCGCCGCCACCGCCUCCUCCUCUGUCGACACCCGAGCCACCAUCAUCGCAGCCGCCGUCGGAUCCGUCGUCGCCACUUACUGCGCCAAGCUCUUUGCCGCCGCCGCCCCCACCCCCGCCGCCGCCGCCCCCACCGCUACUACCACCACCGCCGUCACCGUCGCCCCUCACACCACCGCAACUUCCACCGUCGCCACGGCCGCCGCGACCGCCUCCGCCGCACCCACCCUCACCCCGGCCUCCAAGGCCACCAAGGCCGCCGCCGCCGAAACCGCCCCGGCCGCCGCGGCCACCGCCGCCGGAUCCAGUCGCCUCGCCGCCUGUCGACAACUCACCUGUCGACUACCCACCUGCCGACUUGCCGCCACCGCCGCCACCGCCACCGCCACCCCCUCCCCCUACAGCUCCCAAGCCGCCGCCACCUCGAUCACCCCUGCCGCCGCCACCGCCACCGCCUCCUCCGCCGCCUCCGCCCAUGUCUCCAGAACCAGAAACCCACCUGUCCUCUCCAUCGCCGCCGCCACCGCCAGCAACACCACCUUUAGCUCCCCAGCUCCAGCUACCGCCACCGCCGCCACCGCCACCACCCCCGCCACCCCCAGCAGUCCCUGGAACAACGCUUCACCCGCCGCCUCCGCCGCCGGCCUCUGCCCCUUCAUCCUCACCUCCACAACUGCCCACCUCCAGCCCACCUCCCUCCCCACAGCAGCCACCUGCGCAUAACCCCCAGCCCCCCGCCCCCCUCCCAUCCGGCGCACCUCCACCCAACCAGCAAGGAUACCCCAACCCCCUCCCGCCGAGCCCCACAUCAAGCCCCAGUCCCAGCGGUUCCAGCCCCCCUCCGGGUCCAAUGCCCGCGCCGACGCCCGACACGCACCCCAGCCCCAUGCUGGCCCCAGCCCCUCCCGCCGGCCAUCCCACAAACAGCCCAUCCUACCCGCCAGCCCCCGGCUCCAUGCCCCCACCUUCAGGCCCAGUCAGCCCCAGCCCCGCCUACCCACCUCCACCCAGCCCUGCGCCCUCUCCUGCCGGCCAGCCUUCCAACAGCCCUCCCUACCCGCCAGCCACCAGCCCCAUGCCCCCACCUUCAGGCCCAGUCAGCCCCAGCCCCGCCUACCCACCGCUACCCAGCCCUGCGCCCUCUCCUGCCGGUCACCCUGCAAGCAGCCCUCCCUACCCGCCAGCCACCAGCCCCAUGCCCCCUCCUUCAGGCUCUGUCAGCCCCAGCCCUGCCUACCCUCCACCACCCAGCCCCGCCUACCCACCUCCACCCAGCCCCGCCCACCCUCCUCCACCUAGCCCCGCCUACCCUCCACCACCCAGCCCCGCCUACCCACCUCCACCUAGCCCCGCCCACCCUCCUCCACCUAGCCCCGCCCACCCUCCUCCACCUAGCCCCGCCUACCCUCCUCCAACUAGCCCCGCCUACCCUCCACCACCUAGCCCCGCCUACCCACCUCCACCCAGUCCUGUCUAUCCCCCACCUCCCUCCCCCGCCUCCCACCCGUCCGCCAGCCCACCCUCCCCACCAGCACCACACCCUCCACCGCUUCCAAUUCCACCCAAACCCGCACAGCCCACUACCUCCGCACCCCCUGCUGGUACCGAUAACCCACCGCCCUCGCCCCCCUCUCAACCACCUACUGUCAGCCCCAACAUGCCCAGCCCCUCGCCACCACCCACCUCCGCCAGCCCCAGCCCCAGCCCCAACAGCCCCGACUCGAACAGCCAAGAUCCUCCGGGCCAAUCGCCAUCCACAUUGCUGCCGCCGCCACCACCGCCGCUAUCGCAGCAGCCCUCGCCGCCACCGCAGCAGCCCUCGCCGCCACCGCAGCAGCUGAUGACGCCACCACCGACAGGCCCCAUGUUCACGUUGCCUUCCGGCGCCGUGAUUCCGGUUUCCGUGCCAAGUGAUGUGGUCGGCUGGUUCUCAUCCGGGUACGACAUAUCAAUGUACGACAUGGCUGAGAAUACGACACACUUUGUCGUAACGUACCUGGUAGCUGUGGGCGAAGCGGCAUCCGCGUUGCAAGGCUGGAGCUUAGUCGUGGAUCCUGCAGUGAUGGGCGGCGACCUAGACGUUGCCAGCGUCACAAGUGCCCUGCGGACGUCGGAUGAUGGUGUCGUACAAACUGUGAAAGCGGUUCCGUACACGCAGUCCGUGCUGCCAACGGUAACCAUCGUCAAUGACGUCCAACCGGGCUCUAGCGUGUUGUUCUCCCUGGCGUUCUUGAAGCUCAACGCGCGGUUGCAAGGCCGCCGGCAGUUGGCCGACGCCGCAACCACCAACGUAACUACCACACGAAGCGCCAACGCGGUUGUAGCCUUAUGGAGCUCUAGCGCAAUCUCAACAACGGUACUGUCACCUGAUCUGACAGGCCCGUCGGGCUCCGCUUUGGCCUCUGGCGCGGCACUCUGCUCAGCCAACACUGGGGCGUCAACGCUAACACUCAACACAACAUGGAAUUCCUCAUCGCCGUCGUCGUUGUCCUCAGUGUCGUUGAUCGGGCCGUCCGGUUGCCUGGUGACGUCCAUCCGGAGAUCCUUCGCAGCCUCGACCGGUCGUACUUCUGUUGCCGUACAUUUGUACGGCAACAGUGCGCUGGAUGCGGGUACGACAGCGGCUUGCAGCAAGUGGCUAGCGGAACUCCCACAGCCGGUCUACCUGCAGUUGCUCCUCAGCAACACAACCGCGUCGGCAUUGUCAGCAUCCAACCCUCCCAACUUCAUGUACCUGCGUAACGCGGCACUCACCCUGCCCCGAACCUCGGCCCUUGGUAUCGCCUCCCCCGGCGUCUACUUGAACUUCAGCCUGCCGGACGCCCUAGCCGUGGAUGACAUCUGCGCACCAAGCGCGCUAUCCGGCCAGCUGCCAGAGUCCUGCGUGGUGCAGCUGGUGUCCCGCAGCGCAUGCACGCAGGGCCUUGCGGCUGAGGCGAAUGACAUCGUUCCUGGACCCGUGGGUCAGACGCCCGUGGUCGCCGCCGCGCCGCCGUCACCUGGAUUGAGCCCUGGAAACCAGUACGGCCAGAACUCGCCGCCUGGGCAAAAUGUAGCGCAAGGAGGUGCCCUCACGAAUAGCCAGGUGGCCAUCAUCGUCUGUUUCGUCGUGGGCUUUGCGCUGCUCUCCCUCAUGGUUCUAGCGCUCGUGGUCUACUACCGCCGCAAGCGCUGGAGUCCAGCCAAGGACGAACUAGGCGGCGUCCGCCCCGGCAGCCGCUACGUCAUCAACAUCAACGCCAUGGCUGCAACUGCCGGAACCAUGGAAGGCGAGGAUGACGUGGUAGCAACUUUCAUGGCCCUUGGCAGCUCACCGCCCUCGCUGCCCGGGUGGCGCUUCAGCAGGCGAUUUUCCGGCGCCGACGGCGGCAGCGGCGGCGGCGUUCCCUUUGACGUCAGCUCGCUUCAGACGCCGCCCGUGCCUUCCGUACGACUGAGCUGUGGCUCCUCAACCCAAACAAAGUCAACCGCGUCCAGUCGUACAGCGUUCUUCAACAACCCGCUGUCCAUGACGAGCCCUACGGUACCCAACAUUGAUGAAGCAGCAGAGGAUGAACGCGUGAGCGGUAUUGCGCUGGUGAUGGGCCCUGUGCCGCCCUCCGAACGCCGUCGGCCCGGCAGCGCUAUGACCAGCAGCAGCAGCGGCUUUGGCGGCCGAAGCAGCAGCCGCGGCGGAGCUGUCCGGGGAAGUGUUGCCAGCAGCACCGGCAGCAACAGCGUCACGGCUGCUGGCGGUCGGGGAAGUGUCGCUGGCAGCAGUAGCGCGCAGGGGAGCCCCGCUGGGAGCAGCAGAGGCAGCGCGGGAGGAAGCAGCGGGUCCGGUGAUGCGGCCAGGCCUGCCUCAGAGGGAUCACUUCCCCCACAGGGGGGAGUGGGGCCCUGGGGGAGCACGUAGAGGAAGCGAUGUGUAGGAGUUGAUGAUGAGGAGGAUGGUGUAAAUUAGGAAGAAGAUGAAGGGUCGCUAGGAGGACUGCUGUGACGGAAGACAAGGAGGCACGUUCGGUGGGACAUGCCAGAGAUACGUAGGGUGUGACGAGAUUUAUUGAUUGUACGGGGUUGAGCUGUACGGAAGUUCUUAAGGGUUCUGGUGCUGCUGCUGCUCUGAUGCACGGUGAUGCUGAUGAUUUGUGAGAUUGAUGAAUGGUUUCGAGUUGGAUUGUGUACGGGUAUGUUGACAUUAGGAAGCCCUUGAAGAGGGCGGAGGAAGACGAAGAUAUAUCGAUGACGAAGCGGUCAUGUACGCGUGAUAGGAGGGUGUUUGACACACCAUACCUUAUCUGGGUACUACUAAGCAUGAACGAUUCCUGGUUGCAUGCAUGCCAUUCCAGCAGGUUUUCGUGUUCCGCGCGCGCUGUGCGUGUGCGUGCGUCGGCAGUCAGUUUUUGUAGUGUAGGUUAGGGUUAUCAAGAGUGCUAUCGUUACAAGGGUGUAGAGGGUUUGCCAAGGAAGGGGAAAUGUAGGACAGCCUGUUAGGUGUGCCACCCGAUCAUGAAACAGUAAGCAACGGACGAACUUGGCGUGACGACGGUUGAACUCUGGAUGGAGAAGCCACCGCACUUGCGAACAUGCUCGGGAAGCGGAGUUCUGUUCCCAGCGCGUUUUGUUGGGACAUGUUGCAGUCCCGCCGGCAUGUCAUGGUGCCGGGCUGCUGUUGUGAUAAGCCGAAGUAUUGUUCUGAGGUUUGUUAGGACCUAACACCACUAACGAGUAUUGCGCAUGCGGGACGAUGGCUUACCGAUAUGAUGGUUGACGGGUGGAUGUUAAAACGUUGAGGUAAGGCCGCAGGCCUCAGAUAGGUUGGAGGCGAACAAUGACCCUUUGACCCCUCCUCGUUUUUUCCUUUUCUAGGUGAUGUCACACGCCUGGGUGGUUAGUCGCGGCGCAAACAUGCGUGCGCGAACUGAGUUGCUGUUGCAGUACAGUGUUUGUUGUAGUACGAAAAUGAUGACAGCGACAGCAGGUUGAGCCGGUGCAUGGUUUGGGAUGUUGCUGAGAUGCCAGGACUCGCCCCCGUGUGCAUGACGUGGCUUGUGUCGCCGAGUGCUGCUGAGGCUUGAAAUGGUUCCAGUGUUGGGGAAAGCGUGUGAUGGAGGUGGGGAAGGUUGCAUGGCAACCCGCAGGGGGCUCUACCCACGUCGUACGAUGUGGGCGGAUGUGCGUACAUGCUCGUACCGUAGCUUGCCGCAAUGCAGGAGCCACUGGCGCGUCUUCGUAGGAGUUGUUUGGGCCGAAAGCAACCCUGAUCUUCUGUUGCUGUAUUUGCUGACCGUUCAUGCACUGGUGGGCAGUUGUUUGGCCUGGGGCCCUGUGGUUGGUGGUUUGGACGCAUGAUCCCCUUCUGAUGAUUAGGACUUGCCCGUCGACUAGUAAGUCGCAGGCUUUACGCAAGAUGUGUGCUUGUAAGCCGUCUUGGAGGCCAAGACAGGCGGAGUUAAGUGCAGUAUAAGGUUUAUAAUCCUCUAUCCUCUUUAGUGCCAUUGUACGUCCUAUGAUGCGUACGGUGAAUGGCCGUUUUGUUUGUGACGGAUCAUUAAAAACCAUUCAAGCAUGUGCGGUUUAUGACAUAUGACGUUCCAUGGCUUGACCUGCAUUGAGCCCGUAGCUCCGUACGGUAUUGAAAUCAAUCAUACCAGGGCUCUUGUGGCUGUAAGAUUUUGUCUGAUGUUAACGCUGCGUUUAGCCCCAAAUGGG